GCCACUAAUGUGUGUCAAUGGUUUGGAGCACACAGACUUUCAAUGAAGACCGGCUUAUUUUGAGGGAGUCCCUCUCUUCUUCUUUCUUCUCCAUUUGGGAUUAUCUGUUUUAGUUUGUGGUAGAAAUCGUGAGGAUGAUGAAACCUAGUCCUGUCUUUGGAGGAAAGUUUAAAGUGGUGUCCCGUCAAGAAGGAGUGAGGAGAAAGUAGGAAGAGGACGAAGAAGGAUAGGAGUAUUUUUUUCUCUUCAUCCUUCCCUACUCCUCUGUUGGAGAAUGGGGGCCGGAGCUCUGACUAUCUGUCACCACAAGGCCGCCGUGCAGGUCAAGGAGGACAUGAAGAAGAUGGUACAGCUCCCCAUGCUCAGGCCCUGGACCAUCACCGGCAGCACCUCCAGUUCCAACAGUGUCGCCACCACCACAGCCAUCGCCACUGCGGAGGCCCAGGGUAGCAGGCAGUUUGGAGUGCCCCUGUCGGAGCUGUGCGCACUGGGCUUGGUGGCGGAAGAGUACGGGGUGCCCAAAGUGGUGCACAGGAUGGUGGAGCAUCUACGCACGCACGCCCUGCAUCAGGAGGGCCUGUUCAGGGUGAAUGGGAACGUGCGGGCCGUCGAGUCCCUGAGGCAUCGCCUCCAGAGUGGUGAGGAGGUGGACCUGCUGGCCGAAGGGGACGUCUGCACCGUGGCCAGCCUGCUCAAACAGUACCUCCGGGAUCUCCCAGAGGGACUGGUCCAUUCAGCUGUACAAAACGCUCUAAUAGAGCACUAUCAAGAGCGUGGCGAGGAAGGCUCGUGGGGGGAUCUGAAGGCGCUGUUGGGGCGGAUGCCGGACGUCCACCACUGCCUGCUGAGCUACCUCUGCCGCUUCCUGACGGAGGUGGAGCGCCACCACGCGCACAACCGUAUGACCGCCCUCAACCUGGCCACGGUGUUCGGACCCAGCGUCUUCCAGUCAGUCCUACUCACCUGCUGCACUCUCCUUCAGCUCUGCUGUGCUUCACUUGAACCCGUGUCUCCUGGGUUUGAGGCCAUUAAGGAGCAGAAUAUCUGCAAUAAAAUCAUGGCCGAGCUCAUCCAAAACUACAGCAACAUCUUCGACAGCAGCCCCGAUGGAGACCAAGAUGGCCUCACUGGCCAUUUACCGACCCUCAUCAUUGUCAAGGAAGUUCCCUUGAUGAAUGUGGACAGCGAUCGUUCCCCUGCAGAAACAAGUCCCAGGACCCCAAAGACACCGGUUCAUGUCAAGAAAAAGGUGAAGAAGGGAACAGGUGACGAGGUCUCAGUGAUCACACCACAACCCAGCUUCUCUGCCGAGCUGCCCCACAUGAGGCGGCUGGUCCCACAGCCCAGGGGCCACAACCUGGAGCCCAUGGCGAUGACCCCCCAUCCAGCCUCACCUCCCUCCAACACCAGCCCCUCCUCCAGCGUGGAUCUCCCCGACUGCUUACCAGAAGAGGAGCGAGCGAUUUCUCCAUUCUAUAUGAGUAAUCACCUAUCUCCAAUACACUGCAGACCCGAUGUCACCAAUUUUCUAGACCGCACCAUACGGGCAGCGGUACAACAGCAUCUCUUUGAGAUAAACUCCCUUGACUGUCCCCGUGUACCGGGACCUGGUUUGCGGGGACCUGGUUUGCCGGAAACUGGUUUGCCAGAACCUGGUUUGCACGGACGUCGUUGGACGGCACCUGCUUUGCAGUUACCCCAAGAGGAUACUACUUGCUUUAGUCCUCCGCCGUGGACGUCUAGUGCGAGGCAGAGACGUCGGCAGAAGAGAGAGCAGAGGGAAGAGGAGGAGGGCGAGAGGGAGCCAGAGAGAAGCAGGUCCACGUCGUCUCUCAGGGCAGACCUCCAGAAGGAGAACAUACCGUUGGAUGAGGACACCUAUGAGGCACUCAGAGAGGGCAAUGUAGCUUCUAGACCAGCUAAACAGCGGACCCAUAGAGUCAGGAACAACCAGCCAAACACCCAGCAGCACUGUGUCCCAAAACCCUGGAAACCCAGGGCCAGCCCCACUCUGGCCCAGCAAGACCAGAACCAGGACACCCCUACGGUACAGGCUCAGGAAUGCUGCGUGGCGGGAAGUGCCUCUAGAUCUGAAGGAUUCACCAUGGAUGACCCGGCCCCCGGGAGGAGAAGGAAGGAGAGCAGGACUGAAAAUGGCCUUCUUCCUCCACAGAGGGCCAGGAUGAAGAUCCAGGAGUCUCCCGCCGUGUGUGUGGCGUCGGAGCGGCCGUCGCACGGCGACUGCAGCGAGCCGCGAGAGGAUGUUCCCCGCCUGGAGCUCGCAGAGGAGGACAACAACAACUGGGGAGAGCAUUCCUACUAUUCCGCCCCUUUCCUUGAUUUCAAAAACCUUUUCCACCACAGUGUGUUUGAUGAGCCCGUCCCUGCCUACUCGUCGUGGCAACGGGACAACAUGGACCGCGAGGAGCCCCGCCCAUCGCCGCACGCCGGCGGUCAACUCAUCCGCCAGCUGAUGGAGGAGGGCAGCGACCCCAUGCUCUCGCCUCGUUUCUACGGUUACGGCCACUGCCAGUACCUGGACGACACGGAGGUGCCCCCCUCGCCGCCCAACGCGCACUCCUUCACCAGUCGCCGCAGGAGUUCUUCCCUGGGGUCCUGUGACGAGGAGAAGGAGGAGCUGUCGUCCGUUCAGCUCUCCAAGCGGAUCCACGUGCUGAAGAAGAAGAUCCACCGGUUUGAGGAAAAGUUUGAAUAUGAACGGAAAUACAGGCCGUCUCACAGUGAUAAGCUUGCCAACCCAGAAGUGCUCAGAUGGGUCAAUGAACUGACGAGACUUCGCAGGAAUCUCAAAGAACACAAGCUGCUGAAGUCGGAGGAGGACCUGCCACCGGUGACCCGCCAGCGCAGCAACACCCUGCCCAAGAGCUUCGGCUCCCAGCUGGACAAGAGGAGCCCGCAGGAGAAGGCGCCGCCGCCCCCGGCCGAGAGCACCCUGGAGGUGGUGAUGGGCAAGCUGCAGGAGAAGAGGGAGGAGGGGGGCCGGCCGGAGGACAUCAAGGACAUGACCCGAGAGCAGAUUGGAACGGAGAAGCUGGCACUGCAGAAGGCCCUGCUGUACUAUGAGAGCAUCCAUGGAAGACCGGUGACGAAGAACGAGAGACAGACCAUGAAGCCCCUGUACGACCGCUACCGCCUGGUGAAGCAGAUCCUGUGCAGGGCCUCCAGUAUCCCCGUCAUCGGCUCCCCCUCCAGCAAGCGGCGGGGUCCGCUCCUCCAGCCCAUUAUCGAGGGCGUUCCCGCACUGUUCUUCGAUGACAUCAAGGAGGAGGAGGACGGCUCUGAGGAGGACGGGGACUCUAAGCCCUCGUUCCCGGUGUCGGACCGGCCCAACCCCAGCAUGCUGGGCUUCCUUGACCAGCUGGAGGAGGAGGCGGAUGGGUUCAUCUCCCCCGUGGACGACCUGUCGCCCUCCAGGAGCACCACGCACGACAUGAGGCUGUCCAACCUGCACUCGGCCACCAUGCAAGAACUGCUGGAGCAGCUCCAAGAAACCAGAGAGGAGAAGAAGAGAAUCCGCAAGAAUCUAAGAGAGUACGAAGACCAGUUCUUCAGAGAAAAUGGAAGGAAUGUGCAGAAGGAGGACCGGUCCCCUCUGGCGGUGGAGUAUAACGAAUACAAACACGUGAAGGCCAAGCUCAAACUGCUGGAAGUCCUGAUCAGCAAAAGAAACUCGACCAAGUUCAAAUGAGAAAGGAACCACGGACGAAACCCUAAGGACUCGAAAAUGAAAAGCCUUGGGUCUCCAUGGAUUAAAAAGAAACGAGAGGAACUCACCAGCCUGAGAAGACAAACCUUUUACAAACAACAAACACCUCAGCUUCUAGGAACCUGUGUCGGAUCUGUUGUUGGAGCGUUUGUUUUGGACGAGUUUUGUUCUUCCCCUUUUUUGCUCUGUGAUCGCGCGGAAGCGUGUGGAGGUCCAAACCUGUGGCACUUGGGGUCAGUGUUCCCUAGAAGACGUGAGGGAGGCCUGCAGGCCCUUGGCUUCUCCCAUCCCCCAGGGUAGAGGUGCUGCUUCCUGUCAAUCAAAACCGACCGAAAUGUCUAAAAGUAGCCCUUAAAAAUAGUUAGGUAGCUAGGUAGAGUCACGUUCAUUGUAGCUAAUUUAUUUCUAUUCCUUUUUUUAAAUGUUUGUUUGUUCUUUUAGGAAUAGUUGUUUAUUUUUUGGCGCUAUGGAAUACAUUUAUUUUUGUUAUGCAUUGUGGAGUCUUAAGAAAAUAUCUGUAAGUAAAAUUAUAGAGUUGGCGAAUAUAUUUUUGAAAGAAGGAUAUAAGAAAAUUGAGUAAUAGAUUGGAAGUGUAUUUUUGUACGGGAGACCUCUAUCUGAAUGACUACCAACCGAUCGGUUUGACAGUAUUUGUUCAAGCGAAUGGAUCUGUAAAUGUGAUUGUUAAUUGAUGCCAUACUUUUGUGUGUCUUUGAGUGUGCAACAUUAUUGAUACUACACUAAGAAAGUGAUUUGCUCACACAAAAAAAGGUUUGCCAUGCAGAGCCAGUGGUUUGAUAUCUUCUGUUAAUGUGUCCCAAAGACAAUGAAUCAAGUGUUCAGAUUGCACAUUAAAAUAGCGUAGAAGAUCAUUAUAAUCAAUAAUGUAGCUUGUUCCUUAUUUUUGAUGAAUGGUAAACCUGUAGAUUAUGCAUCUGCUUGUGUAUCUCCCUAAAUUUGUUUUGCUCCCUCUCCUUACCACUUACUUAAUGUAAAAAUAAGCUAUUUUUGUGUUUAAAAUAAUCGUUUUCUUGCUCACAUUGAUGAACAUGAAGAGGCAUUUUACAAUGACUGAUAAAUCCUUUGAAUCCAUUGAUCCAAUCCUCUGCUGCCUGCAAUUUAAGGCUUGCUGCUUUCCUUACACAGCCAUUUCUAUGGCUUCUUGGUUCUGUAAAUACAUCUUUAUGUGUUUACUCUCUCCUUUUAUUCCUCCAAAAUGGAUAACUAACAGUGUGAAGUUUGUUUUAUGAAUGUAAACACUGGCGAAUUAUUAGUGCAUUUGGGCGUGUACAUUUUAGUACAUAUUUGUAUUUUGUAAAUACAUAUUAUUAAAGCAAAGAUAUUUUUACUGGAA